CACCAUGAGUGGGACCUUAGCGAAGAUCGCGGAGAUCGAAGCCGAGAUGGCUCGGACUCAAAAGAACAAAGCUACAGCACAUCACCUUGGACUGCUUAAGGCUCGCCUUGCUAAGCUUCGAAGAGAGCUCAUCACUCCAAAAGGUGGUGGCGGUGGUGGGCCAGGAGAAGGUUUUGAUGUGGCCAAGACAGGCGGUGCUCGAAUUGGGUUUGUGGGUUUUCCCUCUGUGGGGAAGUCAACUCUGCUAAGUAACUUAGCAGGAGUGUAUUCUGAAGUGGCAGCCUACGAGUUCACUACUUUGACCAGAGUACCUGGUGUCAUCAGAUAUAAAGAGGCCAAGAUCCAGCUCCUGGAUCUCCCAGGUAUUAUUGAAGGUGCCAAGGAUGGGAAAGGUAGAGGUCGUCAAAUCAUUGCAGUGGCCCGAACGUGUAAUUUGAUCUUUAUUGUUCUGGAUGUCCUAAAACCCUUGGGGCACAAGAAGAUAAUUGAAAAUGAGUUGGAAGGCUUUGGGAUUCGUUUGAACAGCAACCCCCUCCCCAACAUUGGCUUUAAGAAGAAAGACAAGGGAGGCAUUAAUCUCACAGCCACUUGUCCUCAGAGUGAACUAGAUGCUGAAACAGUGAAGAGCAUUCUGGCUGAAUAUAAAAUUCAUAAUGCUGAUGUAACUUUGCGUAGUGAUGCCACAGCUGAUGACCUCAUCGAUGUGGUUGAAGGAAACAGAGUUUAUAUUCCCUGUGUCUAUGUAUUAAAUAAGAUCGAUCAGAUCUCCAUUGAGGAGUUGGAUAUUAUAUAUAAGGUGCCUCACUGUGUACCCAUCUCUGCUCAUCACCGCUGGAAUUUUGAUGACCUUUUGGAGAAGAUCUGGGACUAUCUGAAACUAGUGAGAAUUUACACCAAACCCAAAGGCCAGUUACCAGAUUACACAUCUCCAGUAGUCCUGCCUUAUUCUAGGACCACGGUGGAAGAUUUCUGCAUGAAGAUUCACAAAAAUCUGAUCAAAGAAUUUAAAUACGCUUUGGUCUGGGGUCUCUCUGUGAAACAUAAUCCUCAGAAAGUGGGUAAAGACCAUACGUUGGAAGAUGAAGAUGUCAUUCAAAUCGUGAAGAAGUGAAAUCCUGAUCCUGUCUGCUGGCCGACCACAGCAGUGUUCCUUAUGACCAAGUACCUUCCUCAGCCCCUUCUGUCUUUGGCAGCCUCUGGAUUGGGAUAUAGGGAUGGAGACUUCCAACUGAAACACCACUCUUUUUUUUUUUUUAAAGAUAAGGUCUCAUGUAUUUCAGGCUGGCUUUGAACUCUUUGCUGCUGAGGCUUGCCUUGAAUUCUUUUUUUUUCUUUUUCUUUUUCUUUUUUUCGGAGCUGGGGACCGAACCCAGGGCCUUGCGUUUGCUAGGCAAGCGUUCUACCACUGAGCUAAAUCCCCAACCCCUUGCCUUGAAUUCUUUAUUCAUCAGCCUCCAUCUCAAGUGCUGAUGCUGUGCCUGCAACACCUCAGCAACAUCACCUUCCCUACUUUGGUGUCACUGUCAUUGAGCUGUAUAAAAACCUGGUGGGCC